AUGGCGCUCACGCCCUUGCUAUUCGAUGCGUAUCAGAAGUACAAGAGAGGAACCGAAGAUCUCGUUCAAUGGCUAGCUGAGACAGCCCGCGCCACUGGUACCGUCAACGACGUGUUCAGUGAUAGUCAACAACGAGGGAAACCGCCUAUGGGAGGUAGACUGAAGGGGAACGCCCGGAAAGAAGCAAAGAACGCCCCAGCUACGUACCAGAUCACAGCUAGAUCGUUCGUCACUCUUGCGACAGCUAUCGCCAACGAUGCGCGUGCAUCUGUUCCAACCUCGGUCUUCGGAACCUUGCAGGCUGUCAUUCGAGGUCGCAAAGAUUGCGCAGUCUGGUACGCAAGCACUUCUGAUUGUGCAGACAACGCCGUCAAGGAGAACAACGCGAGCCACCAAUACUUCAUCAAGACUUUGGAAGACGUCCUCGAAAUCCUCAAGGCCGCCAAGAGGCCACCAGUCGAACGUCGGCAGCCCAAGACCACAAAGGCAGAAGCUAUACGCACGAGUAACAAGUACGAGCUGCUGGAGAACGAGGCUCUCCCAGAGUCCGACCAUAUGCCCGAGAUUAUCGAGGUCCACGCCACACCCGCCAAGUCGAAGGUGACCUACAAGCUCGAAGAGUCUGAAACUGACGUUACCUUCGCCAUCUACUGCUUUCUCAUGGACGUUACAGAUCUCAGGAUUGCAGUCAGACGCACUUGGCGUGAGUUCGCGAACGGCGACAUCGGUCUCCAGGCCGCCGCGCUAACCAUGAACAUCGCUCUGGCAAUGAUAGAGAAGUUGAGCAACGAUUUUGAGGAAGCCAACCCUCGAUUCAAGGACUCGAAAGGUCAUAGUAUGCACGGCGAACUCAUCGGCUUCUUACAGCGCAGCCGCUCCAAGGUUGAACCAGGUUCGCCAUUCGUCAAUGCAACCAAUGAUUGUGGGGAGCCUUUCGCUUACAAACAAGAAAAGCAAUCAUUGAGCUUCAAUACUGUCAUAUGCAAGCAUGUCACAGAGUUGCUCCUCUUCACAUUCAGUGACAUAACGAAGAACGAAGAAUUUCGAUACUCCAACGAUGAAAAGAGAUUCCUCAAGUGUGUUUCACAGUUUGCAGCAUCACCUUCGAUAGAACCCCGUUUCAUGGAAGAAUACAUGGUCCGAAAGGCUGCAUUCGCCAUGCUUCGCGAGGGCCGCCUGCAAAGCUGGAUUUUUUUCUCGCUGCAAAUAUUCUGGGAUAUGCAAAGAGAGCUGGAGCGUCAUUUAUCUGUCGGUGAGGAGCUUCUCUACAAGAUCGGACAGCAGAUCAUCACAGGAUACCAAGCUUACCUCGACGUCAAGGGGUUUGAGGGGUUGGACGACGCCUAUACACUCUCUCGUGAAAGCGUUAUCGAUCGCAAAGAGUUUGUCGAAGCCGUCAUUGUCAAUAAGAAGGCCCAGAUGGGGUUCGAUAUUGAUGAAAAACAAUUACCGCUAAAAUUCCGGAAGAUACCUGGGUUCUCACUGUUGAGGUGCGAUCCCGCGUUCUGCGGCGUACUCCUGGCCACCAUGUGCAAAGAGUAUCACGAAGUAGCCAUCGAGUGUACGUCAAACGAUGGUCAAAUCAUUGUGAUGGCCCAUCUGUAUAACGCUGCUCAGUGUGCCGGAUAUUUACCUGAAGAUCUGCGAUGGGCAGAUAUGGAAUGGUUGAUCGAGCAGCAAGGUAGCGAUUGGAUCUUCAUGGGCAAGAAACCACAACAAGACCCUGAAUUCGGAAAACGCAUCCUGCUGAUCAUGGGGAAUGUGGCCCACGAUUUCACCAAAGGUUACAGGCCUCGCACCAGCUCAACCUAUGUUUCCCGCGUAAGUGGAAGACGUCGCCUCAGUUAUCAUUCCCAGUAUCUCGAGUCGUCCGUUGACAGAAAGCCACGCGAUAAGACGCAUCAGAAAGUCAAGACCUUGGAAAAAUGGCGUCAACAAAGACAGAAGGGGCCUGUACACGACGACGAACCAAGGAAAGACACGCUUGUCAAAUCAGAGUUGCUGAUUGGAGACGCUCAGAAAAAGUCUCACAAUCCGCAAAAGCCGCUGUCUUCUCUGGAAAAGCUACGUAUCUUCAAAGAGGUUGUUAGCAAAGAUGAGACGGCUCUCACAUUCGACGUGUUGCAGCUGCAUAUGCGAUGCACCCAGGUACUGCUGCAGAUCCACAAGUACGCUCGGAAGGUCGCACCGGUCGACUAUCCAGCAUUCAUUUUCCAAGGAGAUUCAUGGUUGACCAUCGCUAUCCCUUGUAUGCUAUACAACUGGAAAAAGAAUCAACCACACCACCCGUGUAUCUUUCCGGUGGUAGGUAUUAUGCUCCGCAAGAUGAUUGAGAAAGAGGGGGAUUCGGCUCUCAAGGGUGCUGCAGCGUUGCAGAAGAGUAUGAAGGUCAAGUUCCCAGGAUACCGGAAAGUGGAUGAACCUAGCUUCGAAACCCCGUUGGAAGACUUGAUCCCCGUUCAGCUGCGUACCGAGUUUCCAUACUCGAUGUAUUGGCAAGUGGUGCAGGAACGAUCGGGCAACUCUGGAUAUGGCUCUAGAUUCGAGUCGGAUGUGGAUUAG